AUGGGAAGAAUACAUCGCUCGCGAUAUACUGUCGACAUACCUGAAGUCGAUCUCUUGACAUUUGUCUUUCGAGCUAAAAGCGCAUCUUUCCGGAGAAAACCCCAAUAUAUCGACGCAUUUCGACCAGAGCGACAUUACAGUCUAGUAGAAGGCGAAGGAUUUGCAAUGCGCAUUGGAUUAGGACUACGCCAAUUGGGACUGAAAACUGAUGACAAAGUCUCACUAUUUUCAAGCAACAACCUUUUCUUCCCAAUUCUAUUUUGGGGAGUUAUAGCAGCAGAUUGCGUUUUCACCGCAGUCUCGCCGACGGCGACUGAAGCAGAUAAUCUAUUACAAUUAGAAUACCAGACCCGGGCGUCCGAUGCCAAGGUACUCAUUAGUAGUCCCGACACAGUCGAUAAGGCUCUAAAACCGGCAUUCGCAGUGGGAAUCCCGAAAAGUCAAGUGUUCGUCUUUUGUCAUCUAGAAGACGCGAGCGAAGUCUCACGAUCAACUACUGCCCAGCCGUGGACUUCCUUCUGGGCGUCUGAAGUGGAGGCCACAUCCUUCCAAUGGAAAGCAUCUACGGAUCCCAAAUAUCUGAAUUCUGAAGUUAUUAUUUUGAAUUCUUCCAGCGUUGAAAUUACGCACGCAAAUGUUGUCGCCAACCCCACUCAGCUGGUGCAUUAUCGCAAAAUGAGCGCUGAUAUACCUGAGGCCUAUGCCAGAAAAGAGCGACUUGCACGUUCAGGCGAACGAUGGUUAGCACCGCUGCCAAUGUACCAUGCCUAUGGGCAGAUCUACUACUGUGUCAAUGCUCCUCUGGUUGGGGCUAAAGUCUACAUCAUACAUCGUUACUCCAUAAGACUACUGCUUCUUUUUGUAGAUAUCUAUUGGAUUACACUUCUUACAGGAGUUCCGACAAUCCUUGUUCAGAUGUCUAAACAACCGGCAGAGAUGCAUAAUCCUAACUCUAUAGAAUAUGCACUCACAGGCUCUGCUCCACUCGGACAAGACACUGCGAAACAGACUGAACAGCAAUAUCUAUCUCGUGGACUGGUUCUACGCCAGGGCUGGGGUAUGACAGAAACGACAAAUUCGAUGAGUGGUUUCUCGCCAGAUGAUCCCCAUGAUGCGUCCUCAAUAGGAUAUCUCAAUCCGAACUUUCUUGGAAAAAUCAUGCCUGUGGAUGGACAGUCCUGGGCUGGUAAUGUGCCAACUGGAACUGAAGUUGGGGAGCUGUGGGUCAGUGGAAAGAAUGUGAUGAAGGGCUAUUAUAAAAACCCUCAAGCUACAAGCGAGGCCAUCGUGAUGGAAGAUGGUAUCCGGUGGCUAAAGACUGGAGAUAUUGCUUAUUUCAACGAGGCAGGCAGAAUAUUCAUUGUGGAUAGACUCAAGGAAUUGAUCAAGGUCAAUGGCCUUCAGGUUUCUCCAGCAGAGCUAGAAGCAGCCAUAGUUUUACACCCAGGAGUCGCAGAUGUGGCAGUUGUUGGAGUGCUAAUGAAUGAUAACGAAUGUCCUCGUGCGUUUGUUGUCAAAAAGGAUGAAAAAAUUACUGCGAAAACAGUUUAUGAGCUUGUUGAAAAUAGAUUCGCAAAGCAAAAAUGGCUUUCUGGGGAUGUAAUUUUUGUGGAUGAGCUUCCUAAGACACCAAGCGGAAAAGUCAUUAAACGCCAGUUGACUAAUUCGGCGAAAGAAACUAGCAAACUCUGA